AUGGUCGCAUGGGAACUGCCAGUGCAGUCGUACAGCACAUACACACACACCGGUGCCGCCCAGAUAUUCAGGUCGGGUGUGUUUCCCAUUUCCCUUACAAACAGCACAACCAAUAACCUUAUAUCUGGGAUGAAGUCAGACACACAGAUGGAGGACACAUCGGGUCCGUCGGAGAUAGACGUGUCGGACGCGUACGCCAAACGCAAAGUCGGUCGACCCAUCACUUCCGAGCGCACACUCGCACGGAAUUUCCCCGAAAUCGAUGAAAUUCGCGGCAAACUGUUGACCGGCGAGUGUUUCGGGCGAAUGCGGACGAGUGGCAACUCCUCGUCGGUUUGGCAACUCUUUGAAGAGAUUGCUUACUCUGAUUCACAACUCUUUACGGGUAUUGUUCGGUGCAAAGCGUGUGCAUUCAUGACCAGAUAUCACGGACAGAUCACCGGCACAUCUCAUAUGCGAAGACAUCACUGUUUUCGUGAAGCAUUUCCCGAAGCGUUCACUAAUUCACCCAAAAUUACACCAAAUGUGACGAUAAAUAAAAUUAAAAAA